AUUUGUUGGCAGGGAAGAAUGUGGGGUGGGGGGGAGAAAAGAAACACUUGUUGAUCCAACCUGUUCAGCAAAAGCAGGGGAGGGAGUAGAGGGUGUCUCAUGUGCAGUGUAUGCAUAACAUGCCCACCCCCCUGCCUAUAUCCUGCGCUAUAUGGAGCGAUUUCCAUUCCCCCUUCUACUCAUUCAUCAUCAUAAUGAUGCCGCCACGGUGGUGGGAAAUGAGAGCAGUCAGACGUGAAAAGCCUCUUACUGUAUUUCUGGCUCGUGGCUUGUCAAGAUCCACAAUUUGAAAUUGGAUUCAGAAAUUAGGAGAGGCUGCACUAAAUGAGUGUUAUUGUUGUCUUAAUGACAGAAAAAUGUGAAUCCCCACAAUGCAAUGCAUGUUCUAUGUGAAUCCUUCAUCAGAGGCUCCACUCAAGAGUGCUUCGAUUGGAGGUGGAGGGCUCUCACUGUCACACUUCAAAUGCAUCACUUGAACACAUCUUAUAUUUUCUUUCUUAAAAAAACAAUGAAGAGAGGGGAAUCGUAGCCCACGUCCCGUGGUUGUUAGAGAAGAAGCCUUGGUGUCUACUCUGUUUCCUGUUUGCAUCUACAAAGAUUUAAACUUGCGCUUCAGGUGCCCAUAUUGACUCAAAAUUGGGCCAAGUAAACGCACCCCGCAUAAUCUGCAAAGUUAUCUCAACUCUGAAACCUUUUUUGUUUCUAUUCGGGUGAAAGUGCUGAAUUUAUGAACGGCAGGAAAUUGAAAGGUAUGUACCUUUUCCUCAUUACUGGUAAUUUGGGGCAUGCUAAUUUAGGCUAAUUAUUUUUGCAGAAGGUUACAAAUCUUAUGGUUCAACACUUGCAUUAAUUAUUAUGAUGACUAGUUAUUAUUGUCAUCUUCAUAAACCUUAGAUAAUCUCAAAUUAGGUGGAGGAACAAUUCCAUUAAUAUUGGUAGGUACAAUUAAUGUUUGUGCUUUAUAAUUGCUACCUGAUCUAAGGGACCGCUGCUUUUUAUGCUGUGCCUUUUACCUUCUGAAGCCACGCAGCUUGAAUAUUAAAAACCCAAUUAACUGUGUUCUGAUUAACUGCUGUUUAAAGAUACCUUUCAAGAGAUUCAGACCCUUUUUAAGAUGUUCAAGCCUAUCUUGAAAGGUCAUCAAGGUGAUUACUUUGUUUACACCAAUUUUAUAUUGUUCAGUAACUUGCAGGAAGAAACUACUGUAUGUGUGUUUACUCACAGAAGGAAGUCCCACAGAGUUUCUCAGUAGGCAUAGGAUUGCUACCUUAAUGGAUUUGCUUUUGGUAAGGGUCACUGCUACAGGAACUUAUUUAUACUGCUGAGGGUUUGGAGAAAAUGUUUUCUUUGUUUUUAGGUAAAGGUAAAAUUAUAGGUGCAGUAUUAAGCAGAUUCUACUUUCAUUUGCCUGGUAUGUAGUGAGUAGAAAAUAAACUAUAGUCUUUUCAUUCAAAGGACUAUGGUCCCUGGAUGCUUCACUCUCCUAGCCUUUUUCUUAAGCAGGUGCCUAAAAGACUGUUAGCUAUGUCCACACUUCCAUAUAUACUGUGUGCUGCCACUGCUGGUUUGGGACAUCACAUACACACAACAUUACGCCACAAUCCAUAUCUUAUGAAAUACUGUUUGAUGUGUUUCCUACCGAUCCAACUUCAGUCUAAAUUGAGAAAAAUAUGACCUCUCUGUUUUAAGUCAGUAAUGUUUAAGCAGGCUUAAUCCUAAAGUUCGCACGCUACCUGUUUCUGACCCAAUAUACUGAACGUAGCAGUGUAUUUAGCCUGAGUUGCUCAUAUUCGUUUUAAUUUUAUUAGGUUCUACAAGGCUUUUUUUCGAGCCAGAACUUAGUUCCAGCACCUUUCAGGUGGGCGCCAUUGACUUCCAGCUGUAGAGGCAUAGAAAAGUUUUCAUGAGCUGCUUGAAAGAUGCCAGUGGAAACUACUGAAAACACUCCUGUUUCUUCUGCAUCCAAUGUGCUCCCACUGUUCGUCUUGGAGGCAGUUGUUCACACAGAAGCCAUAUCUAUCCUGUGGUUUCUUAUGAAAUACUGCAUUUGGAUGGUUUUCCCCAGUGCUAUUGUUCUAGAAAAAUAGGUGCCGGAACUCACAAUGAAUGCCUCCCUUGUUUCUCUUAUAAUGGCCACGGUGCCCACCUGAGAGGUGCCGGAACUGAGUUCCAGCAAGUUCUUGUUUGGGAAAAAAGCACCAAACCAGUUUUGUUCCAAACUGAGAAAAAGAAUAGCCUAGCUGCAUUUUAAACUGGGCAGUGUAUACACAAACUAAAUACCUGACUUCUUGCUGAAGCCAGCUAGGCUACUACAUGGGGAACAAAUAACAAACCUUCCUCCAGAUGUUCUCAGCAAUCAAGCUGGAUUAAAAGGACUCACUCAAUAGGCCCUCAAGUUUUCCUGGGCACAAGUUAUUGCGGGCUUUGUAUGUAAACACCUGAUCUGCACUUGUUCUACAGGAUCAACAGCAUUAUGUCAGAUAUAAUAGACACCUUGUUAAUUACAGCUUCCAUAACAUACUGGCCUAAAUAUCUCUUCAGGCCUAUUCAAGCCCUACGGCAUCCUCACAAAAUUGCUCUAUAUUUUGCAUUUUAUUUCCCUUUGACCUCACUGCUUACAUAACCUCUAUGUGCCUGCCAGCUUAGGUUAACUCUUCAUGCAUCUCAUGACGUGGACUCUGUUCCACAAAACCAUAUGUCAUAAUCAAUUCAUUAAACUUUAAGGUGCCACAAAAAAUAUUUGCUAUUCCUGCUGCAACAGGUUAACAUAGCUGCCCACUUGGAAAUUGACACCAAACAAGAACAGGCGGAGAUACUAAUUAAUUCAGGUUGCAGUUCUGUACUGCACAUACUUCUCAGGGAGCAAUCCCUAUGGAAUUCAGUGGAGCUUACAACUGAGACCUCAGGGAGCCCUUCUGAACCAAUUUAAGACACUUGAGUGCUAAGUACUGAUAAAAGUGCAGUGUUUAAGUAUCUGCUGCUUCUUUGCAAAGGGAGAGAACCAGAACAGGUGGAGGCUGCACACCUUGUUUCCCAGCAGAGAAACAACCGUGUCAGUGUGAGCCCCUUCUGUACCAACGACAGACAAUUUUCAGUUUAGUUAGGUGCUGAGUAUUUGUAGAUCUGCAAGUAUCCACACUGUCUGUGCAAGGGAGGAAAAUCGAGAGAAAAUCAGGACAAAUGGCCCUAUUUCAGAGUCUUCAUUGGCCACACCCCAUGACUUUGUAGCAGCCCUGCCAGCUCUAAUGGGCACCAAGUGGCCCUGCUAAGCAGCAUGCGUCUGAAAACAUAGACGUUCAAGGGAAGCUUGGUCUGAAAAUGGCUGCUCGUUUCUUUCAUUUUGUUCCUGGAUUUGUUGUACAAAAUGGGGGCAAGAGAGACUGGAAACGAAAGUGGAAGACUUAAGACCUGUGCACUGCUCAGGGGAGAGGAUUUUCUCCCCAACCCUUUCAGCCUGUGCCAUUUUUCUGCUAUAGAUCCUACCCCCAGCCCUUUGUCUGUAGCUCAGUGGUCUAACUGAUGCUUUGCAUGCAGAAGGCUGCAGGUUCGAGCCUUGACAUCUCCAGGUAGCCUAGGAAAGAUGGACGCACCACUGCCAUCCAGGGUAGACAGUGCUGAGAUAGAUGGACCAACUCCUUCCUCCUAUGUCCUGCAAGUGAGGCAUUUACAUAUGUUGUUUGUGCAGCAAACAUGUGUUGUUCUUUCCCUAAGGGAAGUACCUUGAAAAGAGAACCAGAGGGCUCUGUGCAUUCCACUAUUCUGUAGCUGCAUUGCACAAAGACCAAAGUUGGUCUUGACUCGAGUGCGUAAUGAGCCAUGGCCUACCCACACCUUUUCUUCUUCUAAAAAUAGAGCACCUUUAACGUUCAUGAAAAUAAACAUGAAAGGGUGUGGUCAGGGCCUGUAAAAACCUCAGAAGCCAGGGUGGGCAUGGCGACUGAAUGUGCUGUUGAGCAGGAUUUCCAGUGGUAAGAGGUUUAUAGCACACCCCACAAUUAUAGGUACAAAAACCAGAAUGGGGUGGGGGUGGGGGACAUAGAUGGACAGACCACAUCGAUGGGGCGGGGAGAGAGGUGUUUAUUUUCAAUCCUCCUCCUGGUUGCCCAAGCCACUCUGAGUGGCUUCCAACACAUAUAAAAACAUAAUAAAACAUCAAUCAUUAAUUGUAACAAUCUGAUCCGAUAUAGAAAGUCACAAUAAUUAUGAAGUGUGUGUGUAUGUAAAUGUUGUUUUAAUUUUAAUAUGUGUAAAUAUUUUUUUUUAUUAUAGAAAUGGACUGUUUUCAAUGUAUCCCUUGCUGGGUACCUCUUGGUUUUGUAACGACAAUUAUGAUUAUUUCCUUGGCGAAGAAUGUAUCGUACUACUUGAAGGAAAAGAAAAGGAAAAGUAAGAGGCGGUAGAUUUUUUGGCUUAUGAGAUCCUUGUGCUUCAUCCAAAAUGCUGGCGUAUGAUUGCUAACAGGAGUGAUAUCCUGACAGCAUAUACAGUAAUCCCUUUGCUCAGAGACCUGUGUUGGUUUGCUGAUCUGCAACCAAGCCAAGUUCAAGGUGUUAUUAGUAGUAUAUAAUUCCCUUAGCAGCUUGGGACCAGAUUACUUGUGAGAUCGCCUGACCCCCAUAUAUAUCAUCUCAACCAUUUUAUGAUGUUUGUUCCACAUUUGCAAGAAGUUCUGUUGGUGUGGCAACACUCACACUUCCUGCAUAUUGAUACCAGGCAGGUGCCUUCUCUGCACUCUUUUUGGUGCCUGCUAAAAACCUUUUUUUUUUUGUUUGUUACAUAGCUAGACAUGUAGAAUGCUGAGAUGUAUCUAGUCUGGUUUAUAGCUUAUCAUUCAUUUUAAUUAUGUUUUAAAUAUUUUCAGUUGGUUUUAACUGUCCCCCCCCCCAUUGUAUUAUUCUUUUUAUAUCUCACUUUGAGGCUUUACAACAAUCAAGCGUAUAUAAAUCUUGUAAAAUAAAUAAAAUAGUUACUAGAACUCUGUAAAAUGGUUUCCUCCCUAAUGCGACCAAAGCUUCAGUUAUCCAAUAUAAUAAUGGGGAGAGUACCAGUGUUACAUAAAAUCACAAAUAUUUAUUCAGCAUUUCCUUUCAGUGCCAAGGAAUUAGGCUAGAUUUGAGCAAAGUUAAAUGCUAUUUUUUCUUAAGUAAAUGUCAUCUGUGUUUAGAUUGAUCAGUUUGUAAUUCAUAUACAAAAAUAAUACACGUUAAAAAUGCCAUAGUAAGUUUUCAAUAAUGUGAGGAGUAAUGAGAGCUCAGGGCUAGAACACAUGCUUUCUAUGCAGAAGGUCACAAAUUUUAUUUUCAGAGAGGUUGGACUACAUGAUCCUCUUGGUCCCUUCCCACUCUACAAUUCUAUGACUUUGCUGUGUUUUAAGUCACUCUGUGAUAUUGGGUGUGUAAGUGAGACUUUGUUGUUGCCAAUCAUAGCAGACUCUGAAGACUAUACUGGGCUUUAGGGACCCAUAUUCUUCUCUCUGUGUAAGUCUGCUUCCUGUGUGGAAGGGGAGCAGGUGGCGCUGUGGUCUAAACCACUCAGCCUCUUGGGCUUGCCAAUUGGAAGGUCGUCGGUUCGAAUCCCCACAACGGGGUGAGCUCCUGUUGCUCUGUCCCAGCUCCUGCCAACCUAGCAGUUCGAAAGCAUUUCAGUGCAAGUAGAUACCGUAAAUAGGUACUGCUGUGGCUGGAAGGUAAACGGCAUUUCUGUGUGCUCUGGUUUCCAUCACAGUUUCCCGUUGCUCCAGAAGCGGUUUAGUCAUGCUGGCCACAUGACCCAGAAAGCUGUCUUUGUACAAACGCUGACUCCCUUGGCCAGAAAGCCACAUGAGCACUGCAACUCUAUAGUCGCCUUUGACUGGACUUAACCGUCCAGGAGUCCUUUACCCUUUUUUACCUAAGUCUGCUUCCUGUGUGGAACUAGAAGUCUGGAAUUAGUCUGAAAUUAAUCUGGACAUGAUCACAAAGAGCUGCGCUCCUGCGACUGUAAAUGAGAAAAGGUAAAUUCUGCAGGCAAGACAGGUUGGAAAAACGUGCUUUGGAAAUUAUAGGAACUAUUUUAUUUUUGUAUGCAUUCGAAUAAGAGGGAUGGUGGAGUCUAGCUGGUCACCUGUGGGAGAGUUCAACCAAGGACGAUUGGGUUAAUUAUUAUUAAGUUACUUUGCACAUACUAGAUAUCCUCAGUUCUGGUUUUACUAUGCAUUUUGAUCACUUAAUUUGGGAUCUUAAAGGUUUUAAGAAAGCUUUGCUCUUGCACACUUUUACUACAGAGUUGCUUAGACACAAGAAAAUGUACAAAAAUAUGGAUUAAAUGAAAUUAUUAAGGGGAUAACAUCUAAACGGGAGCUGUUAAAUUUAGGCUGCUGUGCCUAAUUACUGACUUGAAAGGUGUAAGUCAGGAAAGAUUUAAAAUAAUAAAACAGCUUUAUAGAAGAUGAGUUAAAUGAAGGUGUGAAAUGAUUUCCUAAUUGACUCAAAAUAUUUUCCAGAUAAAAUAUAUGAAGACUAUCAGCAGUACGACCCAAGGUAUGGCAAAUGUUUUCUUUCCUUUUUUAUGGGUAAAAAGUGAUUGGGCUGGUAUGGAAAGUUAUCUUGAUUACAUAUAAAUACAAAUAUUUAUUUAAGACAUUUCUGUACGGCUUUUCACAUCAUUCACAUGAUUGUGAACAACUUUAAAAUUGCAAGAUUGGUAUUAAAACUGUCACAUAUAAAAUGCAGCUGAAACCUUGUCCAGAGUUAACAUCAAUAGUCAACCUACUGAAAAUGAAGCAUUAGCAAAAGCGUGAAAGCAUGGAAUUUUUAAUGUGACAAAAGGACCUUAAUGUUGGUGCUUGUCCAAUUUAGUGGGGGGCGGCGAGUGGUUCCAUAGAUUGGGCACCACCACCAAAAAGGCCAUCACCUCCUCGUGAUUGCCAAACAGAACUCUAUCAGCUGUAGCACAACCAAACUCUCUUGCAUUGUGGCAUACAAUAUAGCUAUAAUUUCUUUUAUAGCUCUGGUGAGUUCUAUACUGAAGAAUGCCCUGUUUAUGACAACCUGAAUCAUCAUCACCAUCAAGACAUACUAAGUAAGUUGAGCUUAAGACGUCUGCCUCCUGCACUUAGGAUAAUAUGUCAAAGCCUUUAUUGUGAGAGUAAGCAAAGAUUUGAAUAUUUUUUAUUUUUAUUGAAAAGGAACAGACUAUUGCAGUAUGUUUAGCACAGCUGAAUACAACGUAGCUGGGUACAAUGUUCAAAGGUGCAGUUGUAUACAAUAUAUACAGAUACAUUUAGAUUUGAAGAUUUUAAAAGCUCCCCCCCACACACAAGAAAUUAAAUGCUGAUACCUGGACGCCUGUCUAUCAUAUUAUUUUAACAGCCCAGGGAAUAUUCUAAAUGUAUUUUCAUAUUUUAUGACAUGUUUAAAACGGCCAUAUUGUAGAUUCUAAUUAAUUUGCUACAGCUCAGCGCAGGAUAUUUAAAUGAUUGGUAGCAUUACUCAACUCUUUUUUUAAAAAAAUGUUCUGUUUCAUACAAUCUCCAGAUGAAAGCUGCUAUGAACAAAUGAAUGCCCACCCUCACACAUCUGCCAGUGAAGUACAGGUAUUACUAUGGAGACUUGCUUUCUAGAGAAGGUUGACAUUUUGCAUCGGAGCUGUUUGUGUGAAUGUAAAUGCCAGAAUCGUAUGCUCUGAUACUCUUCAGUUGUCAGCUUGGUGCCCUUCUACUAGCAGAAGGCCUCUUCUGACCUCCAGGAAGAAUGUUAUUUAAUAAAAGUCCCUUCCUCUCCCCGCAAACCAGUCUUUAUGUUUGCACAAAGCUCUUUCCACAACCUUUCUGAGGCCCCCUAUUUGCACCUAAUUCAGAUGUUUUAAGGUGCUGCGCUUCAAGUCAUCUUCUGCUAGUGCUUCUGCAAAGGUUCACUGAAUAGCCCCAAUACAUAUUCUCCUUAUACUCCAGUUAUUGCGUUUACACUUAAAGUCUUUAUAAACAGUUAUUAAGCACCACCAGUGUGCAUGGCACUAUACAAAGUGUUGUUGUUUUUUUUAAAAAAAGUUGCAAACCUAAUAGUAAGACAAAUAAACAAUGGCUCCAUUCACACUAGUUUGUUCUGUUUUCUUUACAUUUCCCUCACUCUUAUUUUGCGCAUUAUAUUUGAGCUUUCACACGAGGCACUUCUGAGAAACUAAUGGAGCAAGUUUCCCGCUCAUUUCUGCUUUAGGUGAUUCUGGAAAAAUCCAUUUGCAGCCUCCUUAACCUGGGGGUUUUGUGCAGUGAUUUCCCAGCCUUUUUCAUAUGUUCAUGCCACAGCCACUCAUGUGACGAGCCAUGAGGUGGCAUACUGGCAUGCACUGUGUUACCUGCCCAUUGCAAGGUGUGUACCUUUCCCCCUUUUGCCUGACGAGAAAGUGUGCCAGUGUUUUGGCACAGAAAUCCAUUCUAGGUAAAGCCUAGAAGAAUGGCAGAAAGCAGAGAGAAAGGAAUAGCGUGGAGGAAUGACAAGGGUGAAUGACAACAUGUCGGUCACAGAACAGGUGUGUUCAGUGUGAAAGUUAGAAAAGGGGACAGAAGCGCUGGCCUUAUAAUCUGUUAAACUAAUGUAAUAAACCCCACAUACUGCAACCUCAUAGGUUCUUUUAAAAAUAACUACAAUCCCAUGACUAAAUAAUAUGAAUUACUUAUUCUUUGCCUUUUUGUAGCAGACAGCCGAGCGUCAGAUGUGCUAUGCUUCCUUGGAUCACAGUGUCAGGAGGAAACACAAAAACCCUCGAAAAAAGAAAUAUCCUACCUUGGAAGUGGAUGAAGAACAACUCACCAGAAGCAGCAACUUACCCUCAGACUCCUGCAUUUACCUCAACAGUGAACAACUGAACGCUGAGAAUAAACUGUCUGAGGAUCCAACUCAUGAUGAUCCUCACAGACUAUUUGGGUUAAUUCACACUAUGAAUGAUGCCAAUUUUUAGUAGGAAUUUGGCCCAGCCGAGUUAAUGUAGCUGAUAAAAUACUUGGAAAACAACUGAAUAACUGGGUUGAUACCAGGUAGCUUAAAAACUAAUUAGCUGAAUAGGAAGGAUGUUUGUUCAGUAAUAGCUCUACAUUUAUCUGACCUUGGCCUAGCAGGGUCCAUUGCCAAGUAGAUGGUCAACUGAGAAAUAAUAUACUGUGUGUGUGUGUGCGUAUAUAUUUAUGGGGACAGGCUGGCACUAUGGUCUAAACCACUGAGCCUCUUGGGUUUGCUGAUUGAAAGGUCAGCGGUUCGAAUCCCCGCGACGGGUUGAGCUCCCGUUGCUGUCCCACCUCCUGCCAACCUAGCAGUUCGAAAGCACACCAGUGCAAGUAGAUAAAUAGGUACCGCUGCGACAGGAAGGUAAACGGCGUUUCCAUACACUCUGGCACUCAUCAGUCCUCCAUGUGCCAGAAGUGGUGUAGUCAUGCUGGCCACAUGACCCAGAAAACUGUUGGACUGCUAGAUCACAUCAACUUCUUAAUGGGAGACUUGACUGAACUGAAACUCUGUCUGACAGGGUGCUUAUGUAGAUAAGCCUGAUUCACACAGGAAAUUCCUUUUCUCCCCUCAUACUGUUUCAGAGCUGACCCCAUUCCCAUAAACAUGUAUGUACAAACCAGGGCACGU